AUGGCAACUAACCGUGGAUUUUCACUGGAUGAAGCGACGACGCCGACAAGUUCUGAUGAAAAUAGACAGGUCGUCUUGAGUUUUGUUUCAAAAAGUAGUUGUUCAUCUUAAAUAGCUUUGUUUUUGUCUAUGCUUUCAAAAAUAUUCAAACUUUUUUCGUGCAUUGAGUAAAAGCGCAGGAGGGUCUAAAAUUUUUUUUUUUGAAUGCGUAGGCGUUUUUUCAAGCCUUGCACCUUUUGAUGAAUGAUAAAAUUCACAAGACUAUAGUUCUGUUUCGACAGGGGUUUUCAAAGGUGUAGGGGGUUCCUGAGACGAUUCGCUACUGUUCGAACAGAGAUCUCUCAGCUCUUCAGGGAACUGAUUUGAAUAAACUACCCUCAACAUGAUGAUUUUUUAUUUCUGUCAUUUUUCAGACUACUGACAAUAAGAAGAAGUCGGUGGACGUUGGCACUUCGACAACUCGUAUUAUUAUUAGGUUAAUUUUUGUGGAUUUUAUUUUCAUUUCGCAACAGUUAUUUACCUUCACGACCAUUUUGACUUAUUCUGAUGCUUGUGAAAUCGGGAGGAAACUGCUGAUUUUUCGCAUACUUCUUAAAAUUAUGAGUAAGAGAGGAACAUUGAAAAAUCUGGAUCUAUAAUAUUUUCGUAACUUUUGGUAGUUCGAAAAAAAGGGAUAGUGAAUUUUGAAGGUUAGAAAGUGAGAAUAUGUAGAAACAUUGACUGAAUUUAUUGGAAAGUGAAGUAAGGUUUUAUAUCGAACAGUUCAGUCCAGGAAACGUCGGGAUUGAUGAAGAACAGGCGAGCUGCUGCUCCUGGAACCGAAUUUGCGACGUUUUUGGAACUAGACAAUCUUCAUUCAUUUCGGCGUUGCGGCCCGUCCGCGGCUACCUAAUCCGAGUAAGUUUUGGUUUCUUUUUCAACUGGAAAAAUGAUGUCCCAGAUGCAAGAAUCGCUGAAGAUCUUCCAAUGCGAGCUCGAGCGCAACCUCAAGACCAAACCGGCAACUGAAACCACCUUUCGGCAUGUUCACACCUGCAUUUUGGAGAUUAAUGACUUGAUUUGUGAGUUCUCGCUUUCAUUUAAAAAAAGUUUUAUGAUAAAUUCAGCCCGAAGAAAUUUGAAUAUUCCACCGGACGAGUCGACUAUGCUUCGUUCUGUGGUUUACGAGCUCGUCGUCCUCGCCAGGAUCAUUGAGGAGGUUCUUUUUAAAAGGUCGUGGUCGCACUCGGAAUGUCUUGAAGCGUCACGGUCGCGUUGCGGUUGAAAUUUCGAGCCAUACUUUCAAUGCCUGAGGCGCGAAUCGUAGUAAGCUUUCAAAGCAACAGGGCCGUUAAGCGUUGAGCCAUUCCAAAUGCGUUUAUAAGAUUCCGAAAUGCAGCGAUCGCAGUAAAAAUUACCACUUUGAUUAGUUUUCAGGUCGCUAAUUUGAUUCCGCGGGCCGGAAACACGGAGAAACUGCGGGCGAGAGCCGCGAGUAUGGUCACACUCAUUGCCGAGCCUGUUUGUUUUCAAGUUAAUGAAAAUUUCAAGUUGUGAGCUUUUCAGGUGGUUCGGAAGCAUUCAGACGGAGAAGUGACCAGAGACGUGGCCACUGGAAGUAAUACGCCUGCCAUCGAUGAGGUCUCUUUCUCGAUUGAUUCAUUUUUCUAAUCUUGCCGCUUCAUGUGAAGAGAUCUCUGAAGGAGCGGAUAACGCGGGUCUGCGACAUGACUGAGAAACUCAUCCGCUACGUCGACAAGAAAACGGAACGCCGCUGGUGGCUCCGGGAUCUCAUCAAUUUCUUGCAGGUUUUCUGAGUUUCAAUCAAACUCCUUAGAGCUCACCGUGGUCGAACGUGGAAUGGCUCAAUGCGUCGCGGUUGCACUGUGGCUGGACCGCGGCCUGUAGUCGACUUGACAUUCAGAUGACUGCUCCAAUGUCUUUUGAUGAGUUCACGCACGUCUUUCUGACUGGGGAACGUUUUUUACCCCCCGGUUGAACUUUUGCUGAAACUUUGUUGGAGUGUACUUUAGGACUCCCUGAUUCCAGAACAUAGAGAAAAUUUCUAGCAAUAGAUCUCGUUUUCGAGUUAGGACACUUCAAAAACCCGAAAUAGCGCUUUUUUUUUUUGCCUAAUUUGCGUAUUGUAGGGACUUUGUAGCUCCAUAACUCGGAAACAAGAUCUAUUGCGAGAAAAUUUUUUUUGAUUUGUAAUCAAGGGGCCCUAAAGUGCACUUCGGCAAAGUUUCAGCAAAAGUUCAACCGGGGGUAAAAAACGGUUCCUGGUGAGUCCGAUACGUCAAUCCUUGAUUUAUUCCACGUGCGUCUAUGAACUUUCAGCUAUGGAGUGUUACCGGUUCCCUAAACGGCUUUUAAAUUUGAAUUUUUUUGAAAUUUUGUAAUUUCUAUGACGAUUUCGAAUAGGGGCCCAGUAGUUGUCAAAGAAGGCUUUAAAACAAAUUUUAGCCGCUAAAAUCUCUUGGACGGUUAAGGAAAGAUUUAGAGACGACAGUUUCUUUGGAAAUUCAAAAGAUUUGUGAGAGUACAGCUAGGGAGCGAGUUUCAGCUGGAAAAUGUGUAAAACGUCACAAGUUUUCAAGUCGCUCAAAUUUAGAAAAAAAAAUCCAUUUUAAAUUCUAGGUCGCUGUGAAAGUGGCGCUGUUCAUAUCGGCAGCGAUUUCCGUCGCCUACCAUAAGGAACAAACGACGACCAUCAUCACACUCGUCAUCACUAUAAUUCAGGUUCUCAAAUUCGAGUAAGCAGUUCUGGAAUAGGUUUUCAGGGAGUCGUCGAGGUGCUCGACCAGUACUUCUUGAAAAACACCAAGCCAGAAGAUAUCCACCUCUCCGUACUCACUUCAAUGACCACUAACGCUAAAUCUUGA